AUGAGCCCCGAGGAGCCCCAAAACUCAAAAAAGCUUGAGAACCCCAAAUCUACAACUAUUGAUACGCCUCGCUCCACCCGAUUUGCGAUACACACCCAGAAUCGCCCCAAGAGGAAGGCGAGUGCUCUCUUCGACGAACAUCUUUCCGGGCAGCCGAAAAGAAGACCCCAGAAGCCUCCCACGAUACUGGAUCGGAAACUACGAAAACUACAAUCACUUUCCCAAAGGCACAGAAAGCUGACGGGGAAGUACGACAUAAGGUCUAUCAGGUUGGAAACCAACCCUGAGAUGCCUGAAGGCUUUUACCAGAUGCCUGAUCAGGAGAAAGUGGAGUAUUUGGACCAGCAAAUUUCCGAGCUCUCACGCAAGAUACGAGUUGCCGAAGAGCCCAAUUUAGAGCAGAUCCUGGAAGAUCUGAAGACCUAA